AUGAGGAGGGAGAACCAGAGCAGCAUGUCUGAGUUCCUUCUCCUGGGGCUCCCCAUCAGGCCAGAGCAGCAGGGCGUGUUCUUUGCCCUGUUCCUGAGCAUGUACUUGACCACAGUGCUGGGGAACCUGCUCAUCAUCCUGCUCAUCAGGCUGGACCCUCACCUCCACACCCCCAUGUACUUCUUCCUCAGCCACCUGGCCCUCACAGAUGUCUCCUUUUCAUCUGUCACUGUUCCUAAGAUGUUGAUGAACAUGCAGACUCAGAAUCAAUCCAUUCUAUAUGCAGGGUGUAUAACACAGACAUAUUUUUUCAUAUUUUUUGCUUGCAUUGAUAACUUUCUUCUUGCAUUAAUGGCCUAUGACAGGUAUGUGGCCAUUUGUCACCCUCUACACUACACCAUCAUCAUGAGGGAGGAGUUGUGUCUGUGUCUAUUGGCUGUUUCCUGGCUAUUCUCCUGUGCCUAUGCCCUGACCCACACCCUCCUCCUGGCUCAAAUCAAGAGGAGAGAGAACCAGAGCAGCAUGUCUGAAUUCCUCCUCCUGGAGCUCCCCAUCCAGCCAGAGCAGCAGGGCAUGUUCUUUGCCCUGUUCCUGGGCAUGUACCUCACCACAGUGCUGGGGAACGUGCUCAUCAUCCCGCUCAUCAGGCUGGACCAUCACCUCCACACUUCCAUGUACUUCUUCCUCAGCCACUUGACCCUCAUGCAUGUCUCCUUUUCAUCUGUCACUGUCUCUAAGAUGUUGAUGAACAUGCAGACUCUUGAUCAAUCCAUUCCCUAUGCAGGGUGUGUAACACAGACAUAUUUUUUCUUAUUUUUUGUUGGUAUUGAUAACCUUAUUCUUGCAUUGAUGGCCUAUGACAGGUAUGUGGGUAUUUGUCCCCUCUACACUAUGCCAUCAUCAUGA